AUGUCUACGGAAACGUCUAUCAAAGGAAUACUCGCGCUGCCCAAUGAGAUACUUCUGCGCGUCUUCUCUCACGUCGCUCGCGAAGAGUCCGAAAGCGACGCGUUUGCCCGAACACUCGCGCCGGCAUGGGCGAUGUCAAUACCGCAUGUCUGUAGCCGGUGGCGUACCCUGGCUCUAGGUAGCACGACGCUAUGGACCCGUGUGUCCCCGUCAUUCAGCACGUUCUGGUACGACGAGUUCGCGGAGAGAUCCAUGGACACGUUCUUGCAUGCCACCGUCUCUCUGCUGGAUGAAGAGAAGUUGCCCGACGACGAGCUGAUGACGGAGAUGACCUCUUUCUCUGAGGAGAUGGAGAUAAUAUUGAGACCAGGCCGCCAAGCGCCAGAGGACGAAGAUGAGGAAGUGGACGACGACGACGAUUAUCUUCUGUAUCGUCUCGGCGACGAAGCGUCAAAGCUACACACCCUACGCAUCACCCAGCCCAAAUCCGGAACUCAGCUGGAUCUCCCGCUUCCGUUCCCCGACGAUCACAGCUCCCUGCGCAAUCUCACCAUCUCCUGCCCGUGUCUCGGAGACCUCCGAUGGGCGUUCGACCUAUUCGAGAACCUCACAAGCCUGACGAUCCAUGCCGUCAUGAGCUACAGUGUUCUUCGCGCGGUGUGCCGUACCGCCACAAAGCUGGAACAGCUGACCUACGGCUCACCUCUCUCACGCGACGCCGGCUUUCACAUCACGGCACCGUACAAGCGCGACGAGAACCCACUCAUCAUGUCCUCACUGCGCGAGCUCACAAUCAAGUCCUUCGCUCAACCCGAGUCGGAGAACUUCCUGGGCAACCUCGAGUUACCCGUCCUCGAGCGCCUAUAUCUCCGUUUCCGCUUUACCGACGACAAAGGCAUCCGACAAACAUUCCAAGACCUCAAACCGCUCUUCCGUCCAUGGGCGCGGCCCAAGCACGUCGAGUUCUUGGUCCACCAGGAGAAAGAGGUCGCGCUCCUUCUCGGCCCGUCACCGGUUGAUAUCCCCAACGCGAUCAUUGUGAUAGAGUCUGCUGGACUCGCAGAGGACACUUCAUCGCUCCUCUUGCGUUUGUACCCGCUCAUCGCGCUCGAUAGCGUGCGUACGCUCGGCCUCGCAGACGCAAGCUCGCCGGAAGAGAUGUUCAAGGCGUCAGAGUGGUGCAGUCUCUUGAAGCCGUUCACGGCUGUCGAAGACUUGUGGUGCAUGCAGCCCACGCAUCAAGAGCUGCACAAGUUCGAGCUGUUCCGUGCCCUGUGGCCAGGACAGCAAUGGGAGCCGUACGCGCUCACAUCGGGAGACGCGACUGAGGAUCUACUCCUUCCUGCGCUGCGCAAGAUCAGCUUCACCCGGAGACCUAUCCGCUUCGCCGGCUUUCGCGAACCCGGCGCUGUUGCGGUUUUCGAGGAGUGGCCUGCUUCUCGAAACGAGCCACAUUCAUACGAGCUAUUGAGGUUGGCCAACACUGUUGGCCGACUGGACGAUAGAAGAAGAGCCGUGGAGUAUGUCUUUGAGGACGUUGAAGGCAUGGAGGAGAAGGUUGUUGAGAUGUUGAACAGGGAAGGCGGAAGAGAUGUACGGAUGGUUGGGUCGCAUAUUGUAUCCAAGAAAGAGGCUUGA